CACGCACCUGCACGUUCCUUUUCCCCUCUCCUUCCUCCAUUCCUUCCUCCUCCUCCCCCCUCCCUCUGUUUCUCUCGCUCGAUAUUCCUCCUCGAAUGGAGGUUUCUUCCUGCUCAAUCUCGAUCUCAUGAGCCCCUUCUUCCCCGCCGUGCGCUCGAUCAUGCCCAACAAGAUUUUCCAGCGGUCUGUCGAAGAGCCGAGGAUUUUCCCAAUCGAGGGCAUGAAAGGGCAUCUGGAUCGGACCAAGGUGGUUCUGCGGCACUUGCCGCCGUCGAUUACGCAGGGCAUGCUCUUGGACCAGAUCGAUACCGCGUUCGGGGGCCGCUACAGCUGGUUCGCCUUCCGCCCCGGCAAGAGCAGCCUGAAGCACCAGGUCUAUUCAAGAGCCUACAUCAAUUUCAGGAGACCUGAGGAUGUUGUUGAAUUUGCCGAGUUUUUUGAGGGGCAUGUGUUUGUGAAUGAGAAAGGUACUCAGUUCAAGACUAUAGUUGAAUAUGCUCCUUCACAACGUAUACCUAAGCAGACAUCUAAAAAAGAUGGCCGGGAAGGGACCAUAAUGAAAGAUCCUGAGUACUUGGAAUUCCUUGAAUUUAUUGCAAAGCCAGUUGAGAAUCUUCCAAGUGCAGAGAUACAAUUGGAGAGACGUGAGGCGGAGCGAUCUGGUAUUGGAAAAGAAGCUCCUGUAGUGACUCCUUUGAUGGAUUAUGUUCGCCAGAAGAGGGCUUCAAAGGGUGGAUCUCGGAGGUCAAUCGCUAAUGAGAAAAUGAGUGGAAGAGGUGGUGGUUCGUCUGCCGGAAGCUCUAGUUCUGCACCAUCAAAACGAAAUUCUGAAAAGAGAAAAAGUUCAACUGCAAUGUAUAUUUUGAGAGAUGCUUCGAGGAGCAGUAGUGGCAAAGACAAGUCCACUUACAUUCUGUCUUCCAAGCGAGAUGAUCCUCAACUUUCUGACAAAUCUAAUCCUUCAGCAGUGGCAAGUGGAGCUGGACAACCAGAAGAUGACAAUGGGACUAUUGGAAUUGGAAUUGCUGGUGCUGGGAAAAGGAAGAUUUUACUUUUGAAGGGGAAGGAGAGAGAAAUUUCUCAUGUCUCUGGUGGUGUAUCGCAGGACCAGUGUCAACUAAAAGAUGUGAUAGGUUCAACCACUGACAAGCAGAAACAGCGGCAUGAGGGUAGUCGGAUAAUUAGAUCCAUACUUUUGAACAAAGAUGCACGCCAAAAUCAAUCAGGAGUCCCGUCUGAAACUCAAACACGAACUCUGCAUCCUGGAAAAGAAAGGAGGCCUCCUCGAGCCCCAAGUGUACAAGCAGUUUCAAAAGAUACAAAUGGUGCUCCUGAUGAGAAGGUCCAUGGGAAUGGCCUGUCUGGUUUUGGUAGUGAAAAGCUGGAAAGACGCGCAAGAAAUAAAGAUAGACCCGACCGUGGUGUAUGGGCUCCUCUCCGUCGUUUAGAUGGAUCUCACGCAAGUGAUUCAUCUUUCUCUACUGCUGCUGCACAUUCAACUUUAGAUUCCUCAGAAGGUUUCCGUAAGUCUGUUGGUCGCCGGGGAUCGUCUCAGGGUGGGAAAGAUAAUGAUGGCUCACCGCUUACGAGUGAACAGAAGUCUUCAAAAAGAGGAAGUGCUUCUGGCUAUAGUUCCCAUGAGAAGCAAGUGUGGGUUCAAAAGUCAAGUUCUGGAUCUUAGUGUCUGAAAAGUGUGAAAGGCUUGGUGUAUUGUGAAAUUGAUCACGCAUAUCUGCUAGUGGCUGGAGGCUCGUCUCUUUUGCUAGACAGGUGGUCAGAGUGGAAAAGGCUUUGGCAGCAAAAAUGGUUUCUCGGGAAGAAACUGAUGGUUGGUACAGCUCGAAGGGGGGAGGAUGGAGAUAUUGUUGUAAUUAACAGUUGGGUGGGUGAGUUGCAUAACCCGGAUUUAUUACUACGCAAGGCUGAUUUGGAUUAGUUGGAAAGAGAAGGAGAAAGAUAUCGUCACCUAGGAACGUACAUAAGUUACAACAGAUCCUAUCCCAGUAUCUUUCGGGGGGAUUCUUACCAUCGCUGAAGGAGCUACAGAUAACAUUCUUGCCAUCGACUCUAAUGAGGGGAGCGUGAUAUUUUAGCUCAUAGGAUAAGGUUCUUGGUUGGACUGUAAAUACGAAUGCGGAGCAAAUGGUUUAUUGCCUCUGCUCUUGUCAGUUGUACAUCUUUGUUGGGCAGAAUAUCAUACUCUAGUUAUGGUGUGUAGUUGCUCUAGCCCAUUUUGUUUAAUGGCUUUCUUAAUGGGGGUUCUUGUCGAAUAGAGAAAGAUAUAUGUCGGGGGAUGCUCUUUCGGAUUGUACCCUCGAAAUGUUGUCUAUGUGGAGAGUGUUGAUAUGGAGUUGGAAAUCGGAUGGCACUCUCUGUUUUGGAAUUUUAA